AUACUUGUCAAACUAAGUUUUCCGUUUUCACCCGCGAAGUUAUGUUCGCGGCGAAUGUUUCUGGUAUUAGAUGGUUUUACUUUUAAGUCCUAACCUAAAAUGGGCGCUGCCAGUUUUAGUUUGAAUUUAUUUACUGGUUUUAAUGUGUCACUUCACGAUUGUAAUUACGAAUAAUCAAAUAUUUACUUCACUUUCGUACGAUAGCUUUUAUACUUCUGUAAUGGCAUUCAUUUUAUAUAAUUUUAUAUCGUUGCAUCUUGAGAACGUCUUUCCGGAAGAAUCAAGUUCAGAAGUUACUCGUGGGGUGCCCAGCGUGUGGAUUUUCUUACUGCAAAUCGUGCCUUCGGUAUAAAGUCGAUCUGCCGAACAUUGGUACUAAAAAAGUCUGUGGAAAAUGUUGGAAUAAGCAACAAAAGAUGUUAGGGGCAAACGCAGACUCUGGUGCCGAUGCCGAAGUCAGUUCGGAAGCAGUAACGGCGCAGCAAGGAACUGCACGUAAAGUCGAGCGAUUGUCCAGUUUGGAGAUUCCUAAAUAUUUGGCGGAAUCUUCAUCUACCGAGGAGUCAAGUAAACAUCAGGACGAGAACAAGAACAACGAGAGUCCAAUCGACAAACAGAUCAUCGAGCGUCUUAGCAAACUCCGAGGAGAUGACUUGUCACGUCCAGUACCUACCGAUGAGGAAAUCAAAGAACGGCUGGACCGACUCAAGGACACAGACUCGACAAUGAUGGACCUCGCGAAAAGACUCGGGUUGGAAAAGCAACAUGCAGAACAAAACUUGAAGCCUGAGGAUUUAAUGCAACAAUACUUAGAGCGAUUAGAGCUGGAACGAGCUUCGAAACCUGACCCUUACGUGGAAGUCGAGUCUCGAUUGAAUGCAUUGAAGAGAGAUGGCAAUCUAGAAAGUCAGUCUUCAAAACAACCAAAGCCGAGAGAAGAUGACUCGGAUGAUGAAGACGCCGUGAUGAAACGAUUAAUUAGGAGAGCGUUGGCAGAAGCUACGCUGGAGGCUAGAGAAUUGGAUGGAAGCACCGAAGCUGAAGUCGAAAGUACAUUGACUGCGAGGCAAGCUGCAUCGGAAGAAGACGAACUUGAAGCCGUCGAUGCACUGACGCAGAAACUUCUCGAACAAGCCUUUAAGGAAACAGCUCUUGAAUCGGAACACGAAGAUGAGAGUACGCCGGAAACCGAAGAUUCACUUUCCAGUUCACUGGAUUCGGAAUCGGAGGACGAGAAGAAGCGCAAGAAGAAAUGUAUAAAGCUAUGAUUCGUCAUCGUAGGAAUCUAGAAAUCUCAUUCCAGCGACGCAGUGCUCAUCUUUGACAGGAAUUCAGGUUUUGAUUUAAAGUACAUAGUGAGUCAUCUCGUUCACGUUCUAAAUUUACAAACGUCUGUUUCUAUCUGCCUCUUUUCUUUCUUUUCUUAAAUGCAGCUUUAUAAGAUAUGAAUCGUCGGAUGGAACAUGUCAUGGCAUUUUUAUCCGCCUCUUUCUCCUACAAAAGCAACUAAAUAGGUUAUGAAUUGUCGGAUGGAACAUAAUGUCAUCGGAAUUUUAUCUGCGUCUUUUUACAAAAGCAGCUUUACAGUUUAUAAAUUGUUGGAUGGAACGUAAUGCCAUGGCAAUUUUAUAAACCACAGUUUUAAAAAAGACUCGUACAAAUAGCUUUAACACUUUGCGAGGCGUUGCUGUGAAAUGUUUAUAACGUAUUUACCCCCGACAGUUAAAUAUAGAACGAUGAAUUUUACAAACAAGGCGCAUAAGUCGACGUUAUCCAAAAGUCUAUGAAAAUGUUUAAGUCGAAUUCUUUGCAUUGCUGUCUUUUUUUUUUCUUUACUACGUCCUUUCUACACGCCUUCGGCUAAUAUAUGGAAUAAAGAAAUAAGCUUCUCGAGCAAUGCGUCUUUUUUAGAAUUGACCAGCAGUCAUCGUGUU